GCGGCGGUGGCAGCCGGGGAAACGACAGCGGCUGCCCCAGGAGCCGACUUCACCUUCAGGCCGCAGCAUGAACGGCAGCGUGGCGGGCGGCGGCUUUUCCGAGCAGGUCAUCAGCCUCACUCGCCGACCCUCAGGCCUGGGCUUCAACAUUGUUGGUGGGACAGAUAAGCCGUACAUUUCCAAUGACAGCAGCAUCUAUGUCAGCUGGAUCAAAAAGGAUGGGGCAGCUUACCUUGAUGGCCGGUUACAAGAAGGAGAUAAAAUUUUAGCGGUCAAUGGCAGAGACUUGAAGAAUUUGCGGCACAAGGAUGCUGUGGAACUGUUCAAGAAUGCAGGCUGUGACGUGUCUCUGAAAAUUCAGCGCAGGUUGCAGCCACAAAAUGGCCCUGUGGGUCAUCAAGGCGAUGGAGAAUCAGGUGGGCUUCCUCUAGCCACCAUUCUUGUGCCAGGCCUGGCGCUUGCUGUGGCAGCAGUCUGGAUCUUGCUGAGGUAUCGACAGCGGAUGUGAAGAUUUCACAUUUUGGAUAUCACUGCAUAUUUUACACAGCUAUGAUGUAAUUUAAAGAUGGAGAAUCGACGAUCUUAUCACAAACUGAUGUCAAAAAGGAUGAUUGCCUAUCAUAAAGCUGCUGCUGCUGUUCUUUAUAUAUUGAUUUUGUUGCAGAAUGGAUGGAAGCAGAGAGGAAAAGGGGAAGGGAGAUGACUGUGUUCACACGUAGAGUGGGAUGGCUGUAUUUUUGACUAAUCUGAGGAGGUUUUGCCAUCCCCCUCUGUUUUGCACCAUGAACUUUCAAACACAUUCAUCUAUUCCAUGUUUUAAGAUGUGGCUUUUGGUUAUAGGGAGUGGGGAUUGGGGUGGUUUUACAUCAAAACAUUUACUAGAGGCUUUGCCUUGUUUCCACUGAUUUUUUUCUUGAAACUAAUGAUCCCUGUCUGAACCAUGAAUAAAGAGAAGUAAUGCGGAGGGUAUAUUAUUUUUUCAUAGAAUUUUUGUUGGUUGUUGCUACAUAAAUGCCUUAAGAAAAUGGUAUAAAAUCUAACCUGUGAUUUCACAGGUAAAACCAUCGGUAUAGCUGAUGAUUUAACAGUAAUAUGCGGUAUUGGUGAGGUAUUCUACCAGCUCUGGAAAGAUAGAAGAUAGCCUGCAGCUAGAAAAAGACUGAUUGCCUGAGUGACUGCUCAUGACUGCUCAUUCUUGGGUCAGAGUUGUAAGAGAAAGCUUUCCACAAAAUGCUAGGGUACUGGAGACAGUCAGAGAAUUGAAUCACAAGGAUAAGCAGUGGCAAGAGAUUUGGACAUGCUGAAGCUGCAGAAGAGUCUUUAAAUUAGCAAUGAAGCAAUAGGCUUCAUUUUUUUGUUUUGUUUUGUGGGGAAUUUAUUUAAAGUUUUCUGUAGCAGUUAACUUGCUCUCUGCAGUCAGAAAAUCUUACGAUGAUUGAAAGGGAGAAACCGAGAGUAAGCUGGGGUUGUCCUGGCUAUAUUGCUUGUUUGUGAAGACUAAUGUGAUGUUCAGGAGGUAGACUGGCAGAUGUAAGCCGGGAUAAGGCUUAGCAAGUAAAACCAAAGGGAGAGACCCUUGCUCUGGAAAGCAUAUUGCUGAAUUUACCUGCAGAGUCUCAUCUCACUGUGAUUUGAAUGGUUUUAAAUGCCCCAUCUGACAUGAGCUCUUUGGAGUAAGACCUGUUUCUCUUGUCUCCAAGAAAUCAACGUGUUUUGUUGUUUCUGUAAAGGAAAAGCAAAAUGCAUGGUCUGGUCUGUAUGGUGCCAAAAAAAAAAAAAAAUCACCUAUGCAAUAUAUGUAUUCAGACAAAGAAAAACCAGUGUCUUGGUGCUUUA